UUACAUUUGCGUAGACUAUCAGUGAUUUGAUGACGUUAGAAGCUGCUUAAAGACAGACGAUAGUAAUCAAAAGGAAGAAGAAACAAUACCUACAAUUAUUUGUCUAAGUGAUCUGUGAUUAAAAAAAAAAAAAAAAAAAAAAAAAAAAAGUGUAGUUUGAUUGUUUUAAAAAGAAAAAUGGCAGUUAUUACAAGAUACUGGGUCCUUGACUUUUUAGUAUUAAUAUCUGGAUUAAUAGCCCUGUCAUAUUUUUACAUGACCCGUAAAUUCAAGUACUGGAAGAAACGCGGAGUCACAGAGAUAACGCCCACUCCAUUUGUUGGAAAUUUCGGUGAUUGUUUGAUGACAAAAAAGUCAUCAGGACAGUGGCUCAGAGAUAUAUAUGAAUGGAGUUCUGGCUUACCUUACAUGGGUUUUUAUAUUUUCGACAAGCCUUGUCUGUUGAUCCGCGACCCCGAGCUAGUUAAAAACAUUCUUGUGAGAGAUUUUAACACCUUUCCCGAUCGCUUUGUCUCCGCGAGUCCUCACGAUCGAAUUGGAGAUGCUAAUUUAUUCUUAAUAAAAAAUCCAGCGUGGAAAGUCGUGAGAACUAAGCUCACGCCACUUUAUACCUCGGGUAAAUUGAAGAGGAUGUUUGAGCUGAUGGUUGACGUUGGUGAAGAUCUCAUGACACAUAUGAAGUCACUUAAAUUGGAAGGUCAAGGACAGAAUGUCGAAGUUAAAGAUUUAAGCGCUAAAUUUACAACAGAUAUGAUUGCAACGACUGCUUUUGGAGUGAGAGCAAAUUGUCUGAACGAUCCUAAUGCAGCAUUCCGUGAGGCUGGUCGUCGAGUAUUUUCUACUUCGCUUUACCGUAAUUUCGAACUAACUUCACUUUUUUUUGCGCCACAACUCGCCAAACCUUUGGGAUUAAGAUUCAUUCCGAGCAAUGCCUCGAAAUUUUUGAGGGAUACAUUGUGGGGUGUGAUACUCGAACGAGAACGUUCUAAUUACAAGCGUGGUGAUUUGAUUGACUUGCUUGUAGAAUUGAGAAAAGCUAACGCUGAAAGUUCCACUCGAGAUAUUUUUGAUUUUGAUGGUGAUAAUUUGGUAGCGCAAGCGGUGGUAUUUUACACAGGGGGUUUUGAAACUUCAUCAUCAGCUCUGAGCUUUACAUUGUAUGAAAUAGCAAUUCAACCGGAAAUCCAAACAAGAUUGAGACAGGAAAUAUUAGACGGGCUCGAGCAGUCUGACGGAAAAGUCACUUACGACCUGGCCAUGAACUUACCGUACCUGGACAUGGUUGUAGCAGAGACGCUCCGUAAAUACCCACCUCUGCCCUUUUUAGACCGGCUUACUAAACAAAAUUACAAGCUACCAAACUCUGAUUUGGUUGUAGAGAAAGGUACACCUGUUUUUAUCUCCAUGACUGGCUUGCAUUAUAAUCCUGAGUACUUUCCGGAUCCCAACAAGUACGAUCCAGAACGGUUCUCAGAAGUAAAUAAAAAAUCCAGGAAACAGGGAGUUUAUAUACCUUUUGGUGAUGGUCCGCAUAUUUGUAUAGGUCUGCGUAUUGGAUUACUUCAAACAAAAUUAGGACUUAUUAAAUUAUUGCCCAAGUACGAGUUCUCACCCUCAAAAGAAACUAUGAUCCCCCUGCGAUUAAGUCCUAAAGCUACAAUAACAACUGCUGACGGCGGUGUUUUUCUUAAUGUCAAAGAAAUCGCUUAAUUUUUAAAUUACGUAAUAAAUUAUAUAACCAAAUAGUAUUCCAAUUAAAAAACACUAUAAUUAUUAGUAACGUUGAAUUAAAUUUGUAAGUUUAAAUUCUUCGAGAAAAAGUUGUUAAUAAAAGAAUUAAUAUAUUUAAAUAAUCUACAAUCAAGUGUAACAUUAAUUUAAUAAAAAAUAUGGAAAAAUUGUUGAUGGGAAAAAAAUAAAAAACCGAAAGGUGAAUUGCAUAAACGAAUGGCUAAUUAUUUUUUGUUAAUAUAAUUGAUAAUUCACUAAAUUGGCAUGACAUUGUAAGUAUCACGGUGAGUCGGUUCUAUUUUUUAUUAUCAGUCCAAAAACUGAUUAUAUCACGAAAUAUGGAAAGAAUAUUACGGUUGAAAGGCUAAACGCAUAAUAAUUAAAAUUGUCACGACAUGAUACGUACAUCAAUAAACUCAGCAAAAAAAAAAAAAAAAGAAAUAUAUAGAGGAUUAACAACCGGUAGUCCAUUCAGUCACGGAAGAGCACUGGUUGAUACUUAAAAUAAUAUUUUCAGCUCUUCCUGGAUUUAAUUAACGAAGAUCCUAAAAAGUGAAA